AUGUCUGAUUUUGAAGGACCAAGUAAUACCAAAUAUGCACGAUAUGAUGAUGGGGAGAGCAUACCAGGUGAAGAAGAAGAAGAUUGCUUUGGAACUGAAUAUAAAUCUAAACAUACCUUGGACAGCGAUGAAGAAGAAGAUAUUAAGUACAAGAAGCUGGAUAUCUCAAAGGUAGAAGGCCAGGAAGAGGUGGAUGAUGAGGUUAAAGAGGAAUCAAACAUAAUGGCAUUUAAUAUGAAAGAAGACUUGGAAGAGGGUCACUUCGAUUCGGAAGGAAAUUUUAUUUAUGACAAGAAAGAGAAAGAAAUCAAGGAUGCGUGGCUGGAUAACAUAGAUUGGAGAGGUGUAAAAAAUGUUUCAAGUGGUCAGUGGAGCAAGUCGGAGGUAACUUUGUCUGAUGAGCAACUGAAAGAAGUGUACGAAAAGAUAGUUUCACUGUUGAAACCUGGAGAGACUGUUGAAAAGGCUUUGCGGCGUCUUGGGAAACAAAAAGGUGUUAGUGCCGCAGAGGAAAGGAAACGUCGUUGGGAAGCAAAGAAGAAAGGAGUCGAGUAUGUUGAUGAAGGGGGAAAUGCAAUGAAGGAAUUAACUGGUCUUGCUGAUUCUUUGGUUUCCCGAGGUGAAAUGGAGGCGUAUCAGUAUACUGUUGAAAAACUCCAGUAUCUACUUCGGCAGAUGGAGCACAAAGCUGUUGAUAACCUGGAUAUUUUUUCUGAUCAGCCCUCGUCUACAAACACGGGUAGUGCUAAUCCUGCGACGGAUGUUAGUUGGGAGUACAAAAAAUCUGGUGAUAACGAGGCAGAAAUUAUCGGACCGUUUACAAGCGAGGCUAUGUUUAAGAUGCAGAAAGAUGGGAAAUUUGAAGAUGGUUGGUUUGCCCGGAAAGUCGGUACAGAUUCAUUUUAUAGCCUAAGCAGACUUGAUUUUGAAUUGUAUAUGUAA